AGCAGUCAGUCAACGUAGUUUGUGAUUCACAUUUUGAUAAAAUUACAAUUUAAUACACAGCUGGAAAUAAUCCGUGGGCGAAGGAAUAUCCAUUUAUGCCGUUAACAUAUGAGAUAGAAAGGAUAAACCACGUAAGCAAGUAAUAACAUCGGAAUUUGGUCCGCCGGACCCAGCUACAAUGGACUCAUCAUCAAGAUAUUUUGCUCUACUAUUUCUCCAAUUAAUAGCAUACUUUAUGGCCUCAAAAGUAAUAUUUGACAAAGUAAAUAAUACCAUACCGAUAGUUAUCGACGAAUACUUCCAUAUACCGCAAGGCUUAACUUACUGUAAUGGAAACUUUUCACAUUGGGACCCCAAAAUAACAACGUUACCAGGACUGUAUCUAGUUUCAUCCGUUAUCGGCCUGUACUUCGAAUGUAACGCAUACAACCUGCGUUUCGUCAACCUCAUUGCUUCAUGUGUGAAUCUUGUUCUAUUUUCAAGUAUUUUAAGAUACGUAUACGUUGGUGACCGAAACCAUAUGAAGAUUAUUAUCCAAGCUGUCAAUCUAACUAUAUUACCUCCAUUGUAUUUCUUUUCACACAUAUAUUACACUGACGUGAUGGCUUUAACGUUUCUACUUAUGUUCACUAGACUUUGCCUAGUUAAUCGUAACUUCCUCUUUAUACUGUUAACUGGUAUUUUUUCCACAAUAAUGCGACAAACAAAUAUUGUAUGGAUAGCUAUGGUUGCCGCACACAAAAUACUAGACAUUUUCAUAAGAAGUUCUAGGGUUUUCGGUAAUUAUUUCAUCAAUGAUGUUAAAUUGAGCAAACGGUCAGCGAUCGCUAGAGAUGUAGAUAAGUCUAAAUUAAAAAGGUACUAUGGUGUCUUCGAUUUGUAUUGUGCGGUAAAGUACCAUCUUUCUACCUGUUUAAAAUCAUUUUUCAUGUUUAUUACGUUCCACGAUUUUACGAUUCUCUUUACUCAUAUGUUUAUUUUAGGCGGUUUCUUAGGUUUUGUGUAUUUAAACGGUUCCAUAGUUGUUGGAGAUAAAUCGGCUCAUGAAGCGACCAUACACUCUCCUCAAUUGCUGUACUUUCUAAUUUUCUACGGAGUUUUCGGUCUUCCUUAUGUACUAAAUAAGUUAUUCUCAACGCUCAAACUAAUGUUUAGAAACAAAAUCCUAGUUAUUCUAUGCGGUAUUGUAAUGUCUUUAAUGGUGUACUACAAUACGUUAGUUCAUCCAUACUUGCUAGCUGAUAACAGACAUUUUACAUUCUACAUUUGGAACCGUUGGUACGGUAAAUACGAACAUGCAAUCUUUGCUACGGUACCCGUAUAUAUUUUCCUACUUUUCAGUAUAUAUGAUAACUUGAAAGAUCAGAAUUGUAUUUCAUUUCUUUUACCGUACUGUGUGAGCCUUUUCUUAGCUCUAGCGUUGCAAAGACUUAUCGAGGUACGGUACUUUUUGAUUCCGUAUAUAGUGUUGCGUUUGAGAUUUGGUCGACCAAGCUACUUACUCGUACUCUCUGAGUUUGUAUGGUACGUAUUAAUCAAUGCUGCUUCGUUUUACAUAUUUUUCAAUAAAGAAGUUACUUGGCAAGAUUUUGAUUAUACGCAAAGAAUAAUUUGGUGAAUUAAAACAUAAGAUAAUAGAAUGUUGUAUAUUUGAAUUUUCUAGUCUUUAAAGGCUGGUUAAGGACUUAGGAUUUUAAGAUUUGUCAAACAAGUCUUUUUAAAUCCUUAAAUAGGUUAUAAGCUAGUAAUUAAUUAAUGUUGAACAUUUUAAAAAGGCUCUUUACUUCCAAAAAAAUAAUACUUUUGAUGAGAUACCACAAAAAUUGACAACAAUCAAUAUAUAUGUACGCUAUGUAGAGUCCAUAGCUAGCAUGUGUUCGCGCCCAAAGGUUGCAGUUUCGCGGACAUUUUAGAAAUGUUCGCACGCAAUGUGUUACUGUUUGCUACAGCGAGUACACUAGAAGAUACAUUUGUGUGUUUCACAGUGCACACUGGUGGAAUCUCCCUUUUAAAUAUCCCUAGAAAAUGUUCAUAAGAUAUUAUUUUGUAUUUGAGACAAAAAUUAAUGUAAACCAAUGAUUAGGAAGAGCUAGUCAGCCCCAUUUUUUUUUUUUUUUUGUAAAGUCAUUUUAAAUGUAAAUAUUAAUGACAUGUGUUUCGGCUGUGUAGGUGUAAGAUUUCCGAAAUUAAUCUUAAGUAUUCUUUUUUGAAAUAAAUAAUAAUUAUUAAUGUAUCAUCACAAAUGGCUCAAAGAUAAUAUUUUUUCAGUAUAACUAAUUAUAUCUGUUUUUAGUACAAUGGCCUAUAUCACAGUACCUAUCUAGAAGAUUUCUACGAGAGUUAUUCAAAAUAGUUUUUUCGCGCCCCGAAGAAAGUACGGCGCAAGCUAAGCGUGUAAUAAUAAUAUUUCAUUUAAAAACUAGAUUUAGAAUUCACCUAACAUUGCCAAUGUACAACUAUGCUGGUCAUAUUAAGUUAAUGUAAAAAUACUGACGAAAUGCAAAAUUAUUUGACCAGAAUUCUGAAAUGAACUGAAUAUAGGAGAGUAAAGCAAAAUUUUUUCGACCCUAAUUUGACAAUCCAUCUUUUUCAUCAUCCUCUGAGCCUUUUCCCAACUAUGUUGGGGUCAGCUUCCAGUCUUACCGGAUUCAGCUGAGUAUCGGUGCUUUACAAGAAGCGACUGCCUAUCUGACCUCCUCAACCCAGUUGCCCGGGCAACCCAAUACCCCUUGGUUAGACUGGUGUCAGACUUUACUGGCUUCUGACUACCCGUAAUGACUGACAAUCUAUAUUUUUUUUUAAAUCAUUAAAUGACUUCCUAAAUUGGGCGGGAAAAAAAUGCCUUUAAAUUCACCGUAACUUAAUAUUUUUGUCAUUGUAAAAAAGGUACAAUUAAAUAAUUUUGACUAAGAGCUUAAACUUAUAAGCAUUCUUUUUUUUAUUAUGACUUUGUAAUACGUUUUUGUUCUAUUUUGUAUCGAUGUAAAUAAAUUAUUUUUGUAAUAAAUCGAAUUGAA